CUCGUGCCGGAGGUCUUGGGAAGCCGAUCGACUCGACCGAUCGUCCGUCACGUGUCCUAUCUACGUCUUCUCCCCUAAUCUCCAUCUCCAGUCGCAACUGCUUCCUCCUUCACUACAGAGGAGGACGACGAUUCUUUGUUGCUCUCAUCCCCUCCCGUUUCUCUUGCUCCAUCCUCAUUGCCAUCGCCAUGAGUUUUCUCACUGAGCGGGGUCUCGGCGAUCACAUGCUGGCGCCACGUGACGACAUCUCAGCAAUUCGGCAAGUUCAUCACCCACGAUUCAGUCUAAACCUUCUACGACUCGCGCAGUUCUUCAACACUACUAGGGUGUACGCGGCGACGGAGUUCCGAUUCACAGGCCAUCGUCAAGCGAUUGUGUUGGCAGAAGCGACAACGGUUCGACGGUUGUCAACCCCAGGAGUUAGCCACGUGUCCACUGUCAUCAUCUUCAGUGGUGACAUUAGCGCGAUCAACCCUCUGCGACACACAGCCAUCCAGUCGACGCUAAGGCAGUGGGGUCAACAGCUGGCGGCAGAGUGGAAUCAGUGGCUUACGCGCCACAGCGAUAAUCUUAUCCCCACGGACGGAAUCGAAGUCAGAGGGCUCCGAACGUCUCGACACGAGCCGGCGGUGGUGCUUCCUGAGCUCUGGGAACGGUGGUGCGAGCACUUCGUCGACCUUUCGAUGUGCCUGGUCGGAGCGCAACUGACGUGGACGAGGGACAUAGAGCACCGCGCCUGGGUCGCAUAUGUGGAACUGUUGAUCAUCCAAGCUUGGAGGACGGAGGUGGAAGGAGACCUCCUCGGAAUUCUAUUCGGAUCGGUGCGGCCCGGCCAUCGACAGCAGAUCGUACAGGAGCUCAUGAUUCCCCUCGCGCAGCUGGCCGAUGACCUCCCUCUCGAUAUCGUUUCGCAGUGCGACGAGAGCCCGGUCUCCCACAUCCUUUCGCGAACGCUGACGCCUUACUUGCAGUGGUCGGCUUGCCUCGAGGAACUGGCAGGUAACAACAACCCGCCAUCGCAACAACAGUACCUGGACCCCCGGGGAAUAAUCGACCUCGCCUUCUUUCAGCCUCGAACGGCCUCCAAAGACGAAGCAAUAACACUAGAGGAAGAGGACGAAGAGGGAAGCGACGAGGAAGACGGAGAGGAAACCCCGGAAGAAGGAAGUUACAACGAGCACAACGAGGGAGAGCAAAGCGAAGAAGAAGAAGAAGAAGAAGAAGAAGAAGAAGAUCAGUUGGAGGAAGAGGAGGAAUCUGAGUGGGAGACGUUGGGAGAAGAGGCGGAUCGCGCAGAGCCAUACAAGGAAGAUCCCGAGGCGGCGCGAAGAAGAGAAGAAAUCGCAGCAGGGAAGCAGCCGCUGGAGUUCGUGAGUGAAGUGGACCUGUCGAUCCCGAACGACCCAACCAAGGAUCCCGAGCCACCCAAGGGCGACUACGGGGACCUUGGUGCCGGGACUUCGAGUGCACCGGCUAGACGGCGACGAAGCCGAUGCCCCUCCCCCUCCACCUCAGCCCGUCCACUAGUUCGAGCUCGUACCAAUGCGGGGCAUCGAGCUUCGUCCCCGUUUGUUCUCUCGCCAUCCCCUUGACUUCCUGAUGCUCACCCGACUCCCUGGUAGACCCCCGUUUCCCUUUGGAUGAUGUCCCUUCCCUCCCGACCUCU